UAUCUAUACAAUUAUUAAUCGACCACUAUCGUUAGAAGUAAUCUUUACGAUUGAAAAAAGUGCAUUUCUAUAAAGUUAUACAGUAGAUGACGGCAUACAUUAAGAUCGAAAAAUAGUGAAGUUGUCGAUUUGUGCUUAGUGAAUUUCCCGAUAUAUUUUAACUAAACAAAUAAAUAAUAAUGAGUUCAAAAUCAUACUUUGAGAAUAGUAGUGACGAAAGUCAGGGCGGAAAACUUUCAAGAAAAGUAAAGGAUUCACCGUUCAUGGUUAUUGGUUUGGCUGGAUUCGUAGCAGCUGGCGUAAUUGGCGCUUAUAAAUAUAAGAAUCGCGGCACCAUGAGCACAAGUGUUUUCCUAAUGCAGCUACGUGUCGCCGCGCAAGGUACCGUAGUCGGAGCGCUAACUUUGGGCCUGGCUUAUACGAUGGCAAACGAUUAUCUGUUCAAGGACAAAAAACCCACAGAAAAUACAAAAGUUUCCAACUAAAAACAUGCUCCAAUUAUUGAUUAAUUGAGUAUUUUUUGGCCUCUCAUGUCUUGGAAGUCAUGCAUAACUAAGACAUAUUUUUAUAAUUUGUAAAGUGUCAAUACACCUAUGUAUGUAUGUAUGAUUGCAUCUACAGCCACUUCAAAAUUACAAUAACACUUUGGAGCUUCUUUGGAUGACAGUAACACUGAUCUUGAAAUCAUUAUCAUCAUCAAUCACGUGUCACACUCACUUAAUUCCACUCUGCUCAACGCACCGUUGUCAUUCACUAUUCAAAUAAUUUCUUAGCAAUUUGAGGCCAUCUCUGAACGUCUCAACAUUUAAGUUUGUACAUACAUAGAUAUUACAUACAUACUCAUGCAAUGCACAUUUUUUCAAUAUACAUAAAUGUAUUGCAUAACAAUAGGAUAUCUGCUGUAUGUAAGUUAAGAUUAAAAUGACUACAAAACUGGUUUACUUUAAAUGACGAGAUCCUAUUGUCUGUGAUAUGCGAACUAAUGCAAUGUUGAGAAAUCUUUUCUUUUAGUUAAACGAUUUAAUAUACAGAUGCUAUACUGAUUAAUUUAAGUUAAAUGUAAAAAAGAUAUAAAAAUUAAAAUUA